UGCACACCGCCCCUGCAGCAUCCGUUACCAGCUGUCCGCGCCCUCAGCGCCGCCACCGCCAACGCCAUGUUUGCUGUACACAAGCUUCCGAUCUCAAAACUUCUGCUUCCGCUACCAGGAGAAUUACUUCCGGGUCCUGCGCCGCACUGGAACGGGUAGCGCCAAGAGUUGCAGGUAAUUACCUUGACAGCACAUAGCGAUGGCUCUAGGGAAAACAUCACUCUUAGUGGAUUCCAGUGAGAGUGAUUCUGAGGAGUUGCCAGUAUUUGCCUUUCUGAAAACGAAACCAUCUUCCUCAAAGAGAUGGCAGCCUCAGAGGGAGGGGAAGAUUGUAGUGAUUAAUGCCUCAGAUUCUAAGGCCUCCUGCCCUCCAUCACCAGGGAUGAAAGAUCUACCACCUGUCUCGGACACAUGGGAAACUGUCACACAAACAGAGCCAGUCAGGGUGCUAAGCAGUGGAAGUGAGGGUGAGGAGGAAUUUAUUCCCCUGGCUGAGAGGCUCAAGUGUAAAUUUUUGACCCGCAAGCAGCAGCCAAGCCCUGAGGACUCUAGUUCCCCAGUUAAAAGUGUCUUAGAUCACCACAAUAAUGAAGGAGCAUUAUGUGACUGGAAAAAACAGCCCUUUCCAGAGAUCCCUGGUGUUCCCCUCCAUGAUACCUCAGAGAGGAGCGCUUCAAAUAACAAGGAUCCUAUCUUAGACAACCCAUCCCGUCAGCUUCCAGCCUACCAAUCUACCUGCCCUGUCCAGGACAACAGCUCGACAGUAACAACAUAUUCUGAGGUCCCCAUGCCUCAGAAAAGAACCAGGCACAGUCAGAAGGCCCGGGCAAAAGACGGGCAUCAGGGACAAGUGAACCAGAAGGAAAGCACCCUGAGGCAACAGGAGAGGAAGAAGAAGGCCUUGCAGGCAAACAGGCUGAAAGCCCAGAGGCCAGAGGAAUGCUUAAAGCACAUCGUUGCUGUCCUGGAUCCAGGUCCUCCUCGCCUCUUACCUCACCCUGUGCUGAGUUUCUGCUUUCCGGGCCAUCCACUGACAGCCCCUGUCCCAUCUGUUGCAGUGCUCUUACAGAUGGAAGGCGGGGGCCAGCUCCUCGGGGCACUGCAGUCCAUGGAGUGCAGCUGCGUGAUUGAGGCCCAGGCUGUGCCUUGCAGCAUCACCUGGAGAAGGGCUAGGCUGUCUGAGGAUGGAGGGGAGGACUGGGCAGAGGAACCAAUGGUCUUGGUGCUGCUCCUGGCAGAAGCGGUUGUGUCCAUGAUCAACAACUUAAAGCAGGGAGGUCUGGACAGCACCAAGAAGGGGAAGGAGGCACUUCGGAACUUUGUAACAGACAUCGCUGCAAAGACCACAGGGAAAGCCCUGUCCCUGGUGAUUGUGGAUCAAAAGAAGUGCUUCAGUGCUCAGAAUCCUCCACGGAGAAGGAAACAGGGAGGGACAAAUAGAGAACAGGCCAAGGUGAAGAAGAAACAGAGACAGCCAGAGGCUAACACAGGGCCCAUGCCUCUGGUGACCAGGGUAGACUUGGAAGAGGCAUUGGUGGAGCUGCAGUUAUACACAGAAGCCCAGGUUGGAAUUCUGCAGAGCUGGAAAGAGCUGGCCGACUUUGCGUGCGCAUUCACAAAGGCUGUGGCCGAGGCACCCUUCAAGAAGCUCCGAGAUCAAACUGGUUUUUCCUUCUGCCUGGAGAGUGACUGGGCUGGAGGGGUGAAGGUCGACUGCUCUGGCAGGGGCCUCGCCCUGGUCUGGAGGAGACAGAUUCAGCAGCUGAACCGAGUCGGCCUGGAAAUGGCCAGUGCUAUUGUGAAUGCCUAUCCAUCCCCCCAGCUCCUGGCUCAGGCUUACCGGCGGUGUCUUUCGGAGCAAGAACGCCAGAAUUUGCUUGCAGAUAUACAGGUUCGCCGCGGGGUAGGUGUGACAUCCACCUCCCGCCGUGUUGGACCAGAGGUCUCCAGGCGUAUCUACCUCCAGAUGACAACUUUGCAGCCAAAUCUCCUUUUAGACAGUGCAGACUGAUUGCUGCCCUCAGGGACAAGGACGAAAAGCUGGAGAUUUCCACCUCACCCACCCAGAACUACAUGACUGAAUGCAGGCCAGAAGCACCUCCAGGAGCACAAGCCUAGAUCAGGCCCACAGCAGUCCUUCCUGGGAGUAACCAUCCAUGAAAGUCCGUCAGCUUGGGACCAACUGGAUGUUUGCAUUUACCCCUGCUAGCAUUUAAUGUUCCUCUCCUAGCAAAAAUCAACAGCCAUGAGGAAGCACCCCUAUCCAUGCCCCAGCCAGCCGUGAGAACACAGAGGAACAAAGACAGAGCGCUCAGACACAUUUAAUAGUUGUAGAAAUCAAAAAGAACCUCAGCAUCAAAUCUAGAAGUUGUGAACUGACGUCUGUGGGUUGGCUUGACUAGGCUGGGUGUACCACAGCCCUCCUCUCACCCACUGAGCUGCCUCAACCAGCAAAGGAGCAGGAUUGUAACUAUGCCGACUUCUGUAUUAUCUUAGUCCUAUGUGGUUUAGUUUCAAUAAAGCAUUUGUACCAAUGGCUCUGGA